AAAUCAAGACUAAAUACGAUUUUUUUUUAAACGUAGAAUAUUAAAAUAGGCGGGAAUCCUAAAUUUUAUUCGCGGUUGUUUGUCGUGUUUUUUUUAUCUUUCGUUAUAAAAGUUAUAGCAGUUGGAGGCUUUUGUGUUUAUUGUUUAUUACCUUUUAUACCUUUAUUUAUUAAUUAAGGUUUCAUUAAAAUGACAAGCGUUAAAAAGAAUAUUAAAUCUAAGUUUGUACCAGACGAUAUAAGUGAUUUUUUAAAUAAGUCACAAUUUUUGAAAGACUCACCCAAAAAUAAAAAGCCCCAAAAGCGCCAAAAGAUUGAUCAAGGUGAUGAAAAUGUGCCAAAUAUUUUGGAAUAUAAUGCCCAAAAUUCUAAGAAAAAGAAAAUUCACCAAGAAACUGAAGUUUGUGGUGAAUCUAGACAAAAAAUACUCAAUAUAAUGAAUUGCCAAUUAGAGGCAAGAAAAAAAAUUAAUGAAAAUCUUCAAAAAAGUUUAAAUGAAGUGAUAAACCACUUAGAAAAUGAUUAUAAUGUUUUAAAAGAAAAUGAACAGAAAUUAGAGCACCUGACUACCUCAUUUAUGAAAUGUAUGCAACAAGCAAAUGCAGCUCACAAACAAAAAUUGAGAGCAUUUAAGGAAAUUCAGAUGACUUUUAAAAAAGAAUGUGAUGAUUUAGAAGCAGAACACAAAUCUGAAUUGGCAAAGUUGGCCGAAGAAUUAGAAGAAGACAUCAAUAAGUUAAAGCAAAAGCUUAUAUCUGAAACAAAAAGAAAUGGAUGGGAAACUUUGCGUAGAUCUUUCUUUCAAGCAAUGCAGAAUGAUUUUUAGUUUAAUUUUUAAUGAAUAAAGUUCUUUGCUUAUAUUUUUUUUUUUAUUCUUUAUUUCUAACAUGUGAUACAUUUUUUUAAAUGUAUAAUGGUUUAUAACUGUAGA